AUGGUCUUCAACACAUUCUACGAGCUCGAAUCAUUCUUUAAUGACUUCUGGAAUUCCAAGAUCGGUCCUCGAGCAUGGUGCCUCGGACCCUUGUCCAUGGCAGAGCCACAGAAAAUCAAGACGGCAAAUUAUCAAACACCUUGGUGGAUUUCCUGGUUAGACCAGAUGCGAGAAGCAGGGAAGCCAGUUCUGUACGUGGCGUUCGGGACUCAAGUGGAGAUAUCGCAGGCCCAGUUCCGGGAGAUCCAGAUUGGGUUGGAGAAAUCAAGGGUGAACUUCUUGUGGCUCGUGAGGAAGAAUGAGCUUGACGAAGGGUUUGAAGAGAGAGUGAAAAGUAGGGGUACAGUGGUGAAAGAAUGGGUUGAUCAGAGAGAAAUACUGGAGCACGAGACUAUCCGAGGGUUCCUCUGCCAUUGCGGUUGGAGCUCUGUUAUGGAGAGCAUAUGCGGGAAGGUUCCGAUACUGGCGUGGCCGAUGACGUGGGACCAGCCGCUCAACGCCAGGAUGGUGGUGGACGUGGCGGGGGUGGGGCUGAGGGUUAAGGGCUGCAAUGGGUUCGUGGAGUCGAAGGCGCUGGCGAAGGCGGCAAAGGAGUUGAUGGAAGGUAGCGCCGGUAAGGAGGUGAGGAAGAAAGCGGAGGAGGUCGGCGACGCUGCAGUGAAAGCGGUGGAAGAAGGCGGGUCACCGUGGAAGGCGUUGGAUCAGCUCAUCAAUGAGCUGAAUUCGUUCUGA